ACACACACACACACACACACAUAUUGACAGAGAGAGAGAGAGAUCUAACCAAACAAAAGCCAUUUUUUCUUCUAUAUAUCUUUUUCAAACAAACAGUUAAAGAUAGAAUAACUUUACAGCAAUGAAGAAAAUGUGUUGUGUUGUUCUUGCAUCAGUAAUAAUAAUGGUGCUCAUCAUAAGGCCGUGUUUGGCGGACCGAGUGGAGCUCAAGAUCAGGGGAGUCACUUCCAUUGCAAAAACGGAUGAUGAUUUCGUUUGCGUCACGUUGGACUGGUGGCCGCCAAACAAGUGCAACUACAACCAGUGCCCUUGGGGAACCUCUGGCAUUCUCAAUCUGGAAUUGCAAAACAAGACUCUCAUUAAUGCCAUCAAAGCGUUCGAUCGUCUUAGGGUGAGAAUAGGGGGUUCAUUGCAAGACCAAGUGUUGUACGAGGUUGGCUAUGGAGUCAAAGACUGCCCUGGUUUCAAUCGAACCGACAAUGGCUUGUUUGGCUUCUCCGGCGGUUGCCUUUCCAUGGAGAGAUGGGAUGAGUUGCACCAUCUUUUCAACCAAACGGGGGCUGUAAUGACUUUCGGGUUGAACGCUCUAUUUGGAAGGAAAAAGUCGAAAGACGAUAAUGCCCUUUGGGUGGGUGAUUGGGACUCCCAAAAUGCAAGGGACCUUAUGGAGUACACUUUUUCAAAGGGAUAUAAAGUUGAUUCAUAUGAACUUGGGAAUGAGUUGUGCGGAAGCGGGGUGGGUGCAAGAGUAGAAGCCGACCAAUAUGGAAAAGAUAUGUUGACUCUUAAAAAAGUCGUAGAAGAGAUUCACCCAAACCCAAGCACCCGACCGAAGGUCUUGGGCCCGGGUGGAUUUUAUGACGAGAAAUGGUUCAAUACCUUCCUCCAAACCUCGGGUCCCAAUGUUGUUGAUGGUUUGACACACCAUAUCUACAAUCUUGGUUCAGGAGACGACAAAACUCUGAUCAACAAAGUUCAAGAUCCGUACUAUCUCGAUCAAGUUGCACAGACAUUCAAGGACGUCACUACAGGCAUCCAAAGCUUCGGUCCGUGGACCGAAGCUUGGGUGGGAGAAGCCGGCGGUGCUUACAAUAGUGGUGGCAAAGAUGUUUCACAUUACUUUGCUGAUGGCUUUUGGUACUUGGAUCAAUUGGGGAUGACAUCAACUUUUAACCACAAAGUGUAUUGCAGACAAGCCUUGAUUGGGGGAAACUAUGCCCUUCUCAACACCACAACUUUCAUCCCCAAUCCAGAUUACUAUGGUGCCCUCUUGUGGAACAAGUUGAUGGGGAAGAUAGUUUUGGGGGUGUCCCAUGAUAGUUCCCCGUACCUUCGCGCCUACGCCCAUUGCUCUAGGCACGGGAGCGGGGUUACAGUACUUUUGAUAAAUAUGUCAAACUCCACAACCUUUGAGGUGUACGCGAGAGAUGAUUUGAACCUGUACCCGGGGAAUCAAGCGAGUCUCCAGAGCGUUGACAACGAGCCUGAGAGGGAAGAGUACCAUUUGAGCCCGGAUGGCGGGAACAUCCAAACCGACGUCGUUUUGCUAAACGGAACUCCAUUGAAGAUCACAAGAGAGUUUGACAUUCCUGCUUUGAACCCAAAGCUGGUGGAUCCUGCUUUGCCAAUCACUGUUCAACCUGACUCCAUUGUCUUUGCCACCCUCAAAGGCUUUAGGGCACCUGCUUGUGCUUAGGACACUGCACCCACCUUACUAUUCUUAAUUAGGUUUUAGUCCUUUCUUGGUAGUAUGAACCAUUAGAUGUUGUUAAAUCUUUUUUUUUUGGGAUGAUUAGAAAGCUAUUUAGCAUGAGGAAACAUUUAAUCCUAGUUGGUUUCUUUUAAUUAUAGAUAAUUAUAUCAUGUUUUCUGUUUGCUUACAUUCUAAAUUCUAAUUGCUCUCAGAGGGUGGUUGG